AUGACACUAAUUUACAAUCAAUUUAUUAGGUCCAAGGAACCUCUCAAUCCAUGGGCUGUGUUUCAACGAAAGACGUUGGACCUUCUCCGAACCACUGACUUGCAAUGGACUGAGAUUGCGCCGGGUUAUUUCCUCGACUACUGGGGAAUGCCUUACAUGAAAACACACCUGACUACAACGGUCCCGGUCAUCGACAUUGGCAACGCUGUUGCUGCCAUUCCGGGUACUGGCGAUGAGCCUGUUGCUUUCUCUUAUUCGCUGGACGUCGCAAAGGUCGUUGCGAGGUUACUCGAAAUUCCCGAGUGGCAAGAAACAACGUAUAUUAUGGGCGACAAACUUUCUUGGAACCAACUUCUGGAACUCGCCCAAGAGGCGCGAGGCACUGAGUUCAAAGUCUAUCAUGAUGAUCUGGAAAAGCUCAAAAACGGGCAGAUCACCGAACUGCCCUGCCACGUUCCUGCAUACCCCUUCUUUCCUAAGGAGCACCUCCAGGGACUGUAUGCAAUCUUGGAGAUGCUGAUGGUCUUGGGAGAGUUCAAUUUGCCAUCUGAUAAGGCCAUCAACAGUCAGCUAUCGGAUAUUAAAAUGCUGACUGCUAAAGAGAUGCUGGAUCAGACCUGGAAAGCGCACAAUGGACAGUAG